UCCAGCUCAUCCAGCAGCAGCAGCUGACCUGCAGAGGAGGUAAACGCUUUCUUUUUUCCCCUGUACAUUUUUUUUCUAUUCACAUCACCACAGCAAGAUGGGAAUUGCAGGAGCAGUUUGUGAAAAAGCUGUAGAUGUCCAGUAAGUGACAGCUUCUGUUGAACGUUUCCAAACCUGGGGGAAGAAGGAGCAGGAGGAGUAGCAGGAGGAGGAAGAGGAGGAGGAGGAACCAUGAUCGACCUGAGCCACCUGACGGAGGAGGAGCAGGGGGUGAUAAUGACGGUGCUGAGGAGGGACGCCGAGCUCAAGAAGGCCGAGGAGGAAAGAAUCAGGAAGCUGGAGAAAAUACUGAACACUGAGUCGAGGCCGGACUUCAAGCUGAAAUACCUGACGGGAGAGUGGUUUUACGAGGCCAAGUCCCGCAGACACACGGAUAAGAUCCACGGCUCGGAAAUCAUCCUGGCCUCCAUGAAACAAGGCAAAGGGGCUAGUUUGGAUGGCUCUCUGAGAAUCGACAAAUCCAGGACGACCACCAGCAGUCUAGGUCCGGAUAUCGUCCCUCCAGCGAAGCCUGCCAGAUGUUUGGAGGCUCUACAGGCGCAGGAGACAAAUGAUGUGGAGAAGGAGAAUCGAAAUUCAGGCAUCCGCUCUCCAAGAACGCCGAGGCACAACCCUUUUAACCGCGCUUCCCUCAUCGUUGUUGAGCCUCCCGACCAUAAUCGUGACUCGUCGUCGAGUCGGGAGCCAGAGUCGCUGGAGACAGAGCCCAUCUCACCACUGAAGAGUCACCCACCAGGUGAUGCCGGUCAGAUUUCAGGGGGCUCUCUCACAUCAGAAGGCUCCUCUGUCGGUUUCAGGCCGGUUCCAAAGAAAAGGACGUUCCUCUCGAGACGCACCAGCACUCAGUCGGAACUCAGCGGCAGUGGGGUGGAUGAUAAGGUAGGGCCUGCGGGCGUUGUUCCUGCCCCACGGCGAAACCUCCAGCGGGGAUCCAGCGGGAGCUCUAGCCAGUCCCUUCUGAAGAACCCAGAUGAGACGGCACAGAAAAAUGCGGUUACAGUGUCUAAUCAGGUGUCUCAGUCUGCUCAGGCGUCCAGGUCCGCAAAUGAAACGUCCACGCAGCUGCCGCGUGACCUGUCUCAGGUUUCCUCAAAUUCAAGCCUGGAAAAGGAAAGACUGCCACCUUCCAUGACAAGAGAAAGACCAGGCACGUACACCAAGAGCGACAAGAGGGAGACGCCUCAGAGGGUCGAGGAAAGAAAUGACGAUCAGAACCAAAGAGAUCAUGCAGGGUUGAACUUUGUCACCCCGUCUGCCAGCAGCAUCCAGGACAAAGAAAACAGCAGCAGCGUGGGAACAGAGACGAGGCAGGAGGAGCUGAGUCUGCCUCAAAGCAUUGUGGAUCCAGAUCCUCCCAUCUCUUAUGAUCUGAAGUUGAUUGAUAAGUCUGAUCAGCAAGGCCAGAAGUCAAACCAGACGCACGCCUUCAAACUGUCCACUCAGACCGCCAGUCCGACUGGGGAGGAGGAGGACUCCAUUGCGAAGGUGCUGGACUGGUUCAGCCGCAGCACGGACAGCAGCGAAUGGCUCAAUGCAGAGGACGACGCAGAACAGAGCAAUGAAAAACGUGAAGAAGUCGGCAAACUAAGAGGGGAAGAUUCACCAGCCAAAGACGGUGGGGGUGUCGUAAGUGGCAGAAAGAAGGACACGUGUGAAAAAAAGAGGAGCCAUAUAGAGUUGAGGCUUGCAGACAGAACCGACAGCAAGGAGAUAAUUGAAUCACAAAAGGAAGUGAAGACAGAUAGCAGAGAAAGAAUCCACUCACAAGACAACGUUGACGAAAGUCAGCCACCUAAGAUCUCUCAUCUCAAGUCGUUCUGGGAGAAAAGCAACACAGGCCCUAAAAUACUUAUCAGCAAAUCAGUCUCUCCCGGCGACAAAGGACAGAAACCUGUCCAGGUCUCAGCCGAGCCCGAGGUAUCAUCUGCUCCUGUAAUAUACAGCGGGAAGGGGAUUCAGGAUAGACACAGCUCAAAUCAGAGCGAUGAAAGAGAGCAGCUGUUGGUCAUCAGUCCACAUGCGGACAUGGGAAAUGCCGUUCACAUAGAAAGUCUGGUCAUUAGUUCAACUCCAAAGAACAAUAACAACUCGACGCACAACACUGAUUAUUUAAAGUUGACGCCAAGAGAAGCCGAGAGAAGAGGUUCAGACGCUGAGGUUUUAUCCACGACCAGACUCAGUCCUUCGAGGACGGCCUUUGGCCUAGAGGCUCAGAGCGUCUCUUUAGUCAAACCACAACCCGACAACAUUUUUGAUUCAAGAGAACCCAUACAACAAGAAGAGCUGGUACUGACGGUUCCUGAGCCCUUUACGGACUACAAGCAUGGUGGCAGUGACUUGCAACUCACCCCUAAAGCAGCAUUUUCCAGAGGCUCAAGUGAAGACGUGAAGAGGAGGAACAGUGAGGACAAAGGUGUGCAUUCUCAUAAAAGAAUCGACGAUACCGCCAGUAAAGACAGAAUUAACAGUCCUCGCUUAAACAGGCAAGGGUUACCGCAUCAAGAAAGCACAGCAGAGAAGAUAAAGCAGCUCAAAUCUUUCUGGGAGCAGGAGAGGAACAAACCAAUGUUUUACCCCGGUAAACCUAAACCCCUUGGAGACGGAAAAGUCGGCCGUGGAGCCACUCAGGCGAAACUGAAUAAAAGAUUCACAAAGUCGGAGUACGACCUGAGGUCAGUAGGAAAUGAAUCCGGCAGCGAUGGGGAAGAUAAAAAUCACCCGAACUUCACUAUCCUCCCACUGAAUCAGAGACUAGACAAGGUGGCCCCGAGCCUUGGCACGAGCCGGACGCAGUUCAACACGCUGCGGGAGUUUUGGGACGAGGCGACGUCCGACUACAAGGGAUCGUUUUCGCUCGACAAACCCAAAAGCCCCAAAAGCCCCAAAAGGAAAGAGGCAUCUUCAUCUCAGGAGCUAAAGGUCGGUGAGCCGGAGAUUUACCGCUUAUCCGUCGAGAAAACAAGGCCGCCCGUCAUUAAAUCAUCUCCCCCUCCUCAGAAUCGAUCAAAGUCACCACAUGACAGACAGACGGGCUCCGGGUCAAGGGCAGGGAGCGACAGCAAAAACAGCCUGUCGAAUUAUCUGUCAGUGGAGUCGGGGCAGCAGAGAAUGUCCAGAAGGAGCUCCAAAGACGCCAGCCGAGAAGAGAAAUCCACAAAACCGCAAAGUCCGGGAAAAGAGAUCCGCUCUCCGAAGCACAGAAGAGACAGCUUCAGCACCUCGAGCAGUCGCGGGGGUUCUUUGCGUCGCGCCACUAGCAUGUUCUCUCUGAGCGCUCCUGAUGACAAAGAGCCGAUCCAGCUCAAAAUGGAUGUAAGCCCCGUCCACUCUCAGAGCAGAAAGCAAAGGCACAGCAUUGACAAGGGCUCCUUGUCCCGAAGAGCAUCAGAGGACACGGAGACUCUGGCUCCUCGCGCACGAGCAUUUGUUCCCAGAGACUACCGCCAUUACCUGGGGAUGACGGACAAGACCAGCGUCCACACCUCGCUCGCACCGACUGUGAAGACCGAGGAGCCGGAGGGGAAGUCUGGGUAUGAGCUGGACGUGAGUGGACCAGUGAGGGCCAGCACGCCAGUGAGCUCUGAAGACCGCCACAUCAGGAGGACCAGCAAGAUGUCUCAGCGCCCCCUGUGGCCAAAUUACAGCAGUUCAGACACCGGGCAGGAGUCCUCUGUGAGCAGCACAUCAGAAACCUGGUCCAACACGAGGAACAGUUCAAACCGUGAAAAUGAUGACGACGACCAAAAUCCUGUGAGGAAAGCACUCCGGCGGGCAGAAGUGCGGCCUAAAAAUCUGGCUAAAAGCAUGGAGGACAUCACGGCAUCCUUACCUCGUCAGGAGCGAAGACAAGACCCAACUGUUGAACUCAGACGCAUUAGUGAUGUUUCCUCCAUCUCGCCAUCCUCGUCCUUAUUCUCGGACCCGGACCACCUGAAGAAGAUGAGCAAAUCUGUUCCUUCGUUCUUGCAGAAGGAGGACGCUGACACUGACUCCACCAGCGAGGAUACGUACCCCGUAGGAAGGCGAAAGAUGGGCAGUUCAGUGUCUAACAUCACCAGCUCUUCCGGCAUGGCGUCUGUGUCGUCUGUAUGUUCACACCCAACAGCCAUGUACAGCGGGGACUUUGGGAGCGUGGAGGUUCAGGGACAUAUCCAGUUCUCCAUCAACUACAUUCAGAAACUCAGGGAGUUUCACAUCUUUGUGGCCUUGUGCCAAGACCUGGCAGCGGUCGACCCGAAGAGGGGCCGCUCAGACCCGUAUGUCAAAAGUUACCUGGUUCCUGACAAAGCCAACCUUGGAAAGAGGAAAACAUCUGUAAAAAAGAAGACGCUAAAUCCGACUUUCAACGAGAUCCUCAGAUAUCGUGUUCGCAUGGAAUAUCUUCGCACCCAGACGCUCAUUCUCUCCGUUUGGCAUCACGACACCUUUGGCAGGAACAGUUUCCUGGGCGAGGUAGACGUGGAUCUCUCCAAGUGGGACUUCGACCACACCCAAAUGAAUCACUUAGCCCUGAAAGCCAGGACAAUACCCGCUCUGGAUCUAUCUAAUGGGCGAGGAGAGAUGAGACUGGCCGUACGUUUCCUACCACAGAUCACCCACAGCGAAGGCAUAUCUAAAGAUGGCCCCAACACCGGAGAGAUCCAUAUUUGGGUGAAAGAUUGCAAGAACCUUCCUCUAAUCAGGGCCACCAUCGACCCGUAUGUUAAGUGCUUUGUGCUGCCAGACACGAGCAGGAAAAGUCGCCAGAAGACUCGAGUGCUGCGGAGGACGGUGGAUCCGGUGUUUAACCACACGAUGGUUUAUGACGGCAUCCGAGAGGCUGAUCUUACAGAGGCCUGCGUGGAGCUCACCGUGUGGGACCGAGACAGGCUCGCGAGCAGCCUGCUGGGAGGCCUUAGGCUCGGAGCUGGCACAGGCAGGAGUUACGGAGCGUUGGUCGACUGGAUGGACUCAGGCCCUUAUGAGGUGGCGCUGUGGGAGCGCAUGCUAGCCUCCCCGAACGAAUGGGUGGAGGACGUACUCCCACUGAGGAUGCUGAACUCUGCAAAAACUGCUUUCAAAUAAACUGACUCGAGACAAUACGAAUAUAUCUUAUGUAAGUAAAACAUAGUAAAUUAUUGUAUUAAAGAUUCAGUGCAUUGAUUUAAGUUCAGUCAGGAGAAGAUGAAUCUUGCGGCGCCUCAGUGAAAAUGUGGCACUGUGAACACUUAAGGGUCUCAGUUGGGAUUAAAAGACAUUAUUUUAUCAAUGUCAACAGAUUAAUGUUGUGAAAAAAAAUGUUUCAUCACAUCUAGGCCUUUGUGUAGACUUAGUCUUUGCCAAACAAUACCAGGACAAUGGGUAUUUUUUCUUGCACUGGAUCUUUGAUACACUCACAGCAGGAUACUACACCAUAUCUAUGUUAUGUCACCUCAAGCUGUCAUUAUAGCAACUGAACAUUCUGAAGUGUCCUUUUCAGACUAAGCCUUAUUUUGACAGUAUUGUUAUGAAUCUAAUUGAAUUUGACAAAAAAUCUUACAUGUGAUGUAGACUCUUGCACUUAAUGAUAUUAACCACAAGUGGGAUUAAAUACAUUAAAUGUUGAAGAUGUUGA